CUCUCUUUACCCGAAGCUGAGCUAAUCCCCAUAAAGGGUCACCGGUGGUGGAGGGGCACAUACGCCUCCUCCUCCGCUCUGGCGUCCGAAGCCCGGCAUCGUCCCACCGCCUCUCGCGGUGGCUCUAUCCCUCCUCCCUUUCUCUAUAUAUGCUCCGAGGUCAACAACCCAACCUUUCUGCCUUUUUUUGUUUCUUCUUCUUUCUUACCUCUUCCUCCUCCGUUCUUCCUUCUUCUUCCUUCGAAUUCUCUCUUUAAAAUCUCGCCUUUUUCUCUUUUUCUGGCUUCUUGCGGCGGCUUUCCAUGUCGGGAAUGGAAAAGGAGCGAUUUUUCGUCGGGAAUUGGCAGUUGGCGGACGCUGGGCUUCCGCCGGGGGUGAACUCCUCCUCCGGCGCUGACCAGCUGCCGAAUUCCUUCAUUAACCUCGGGUGGGAGCAUGCGAUGCGCCAGAACUCCCACGCCCACAUCGAGUCGGCACUCAGCUCCCUCGUCUCAUCGCCGUCUUUCAACGCGCCGGCCGGAAACGACAGUGUCGUCAUUCGCGAGCUCAUCGGCCGUCUCGGAAGCAUCUGCAACUCCGGGGACGCCUCCCCUUCCUCGCGGUACCACAGCCCGCGCGCUUCUUACUACAGCACGCCGCUCAAUUCUCCCCCAAAGCUCAACAUUUCCGGCGCGGAUCACCAGCAGCAAGGCAUGCUCGUGAACCCAACGGCGGACGCGCAAUUCGAGCUGUUUGCGGAGUCAGCAGCGACUAAAUUAGGUUUCGCGGAGGCCGGCAAGCUGUCGAGGGUCUCGAGCAGCCAGUCUCUGGCGGCACCCAGCGGGAAGGAGGCAAAAGUCUCCGACACGGUGAUGGAAAUGCCCAAAUUUGGCCGCGGCAGGGUUUCAGAGUGGCCGCCGCCGGAGGCUUCAUCGGCGUCGGGAAAAUUGCCGGCGGUCGUCGCCGAAAACAACGGGAGGAAGCGCAAAGCAGCUCCCAAGGGCAAAGGAAAAGCGGCGCCUUCAUCUUCCCUCGCCAUGGAUCCUCCUCCCAAGGAGGGCAAUCCUGAUUCAAAGAGACGCAAACAGGCUGAAGCCAGCGCCGCCGACAGGAGUCCAACCGUCUGCAAACCAAAGACCGAGCAGAACAGCAGCGACGACGGCCAGAAACCAACAGAAAACGACAAUGCCAAGCCUCCGGAGCCGCCCAAGGACUACAUCCAUGUCAGGGCAAGAAGAGGGCAAGCCACCGACGGCCAUAGCCUCGCCGAGAGGGUCCGGAGAGAAAAGAUCAGUGAGAGGAUGAAGCUGCUGCAAGAUCUUGUGCCAGGCUGCAACAAGGUAACAGGCAAGGCUGUUAUGCUCGAUGAGAUCAUCAACUAUAUUCAGUCAUUGCAGCGGCAAGUCGAGUUCUUGUCCAUGAAGCUGGCCACCUUGAACCCCCAGCUCGAGUUCAACAUGGUGUGUCUCCUCCCAAAAGAUAUGCAUCAAGCUCAUGUACCAUUGCCACAGCAAGUCUUUCCACUAGACACAGCAACCUCACCUUUCUCAUUUGCCCAGCAAUCCCUUAAGAUUGCUGAGACCAACAGAUUCAAUACGUACGCAGCCAAGAACCAGUUGGACUCGUCGAUCCAACUACCUCCUAUCGUUGGACUUACAGACGCCACCAAUUAUCUUGGAAAUUCUUACGAGGACGACCUUUGGUAUGCCAUUCAAACGGGCUUCGCGCGGAGCCAGGAGGCACCUUUCUCCCCCCAAACUCUUCGUGCCGAGUGAGCUCAAAGUGCUGAUGUUCCAAAGAAGAUUGAACCAUGUGUAUGAUUGCGUAGGAUAUCAGAUGCAUGUUGUGCAUAUCUACCUAUCAAUAUGUUUGUGUGAAACAAGCACAGGAAGCCCCAAACUAACUGCACUAGAUCUAGUGAAGAAUCAUGCAACCAAUUGCAUGUCUAUCAGAGUCUAUGUAACAGGGUGAGAAUGAGAAACAGGAAAAUUUGGUAAGCUGCUGAAAAAAAUAUAUUAUAUAUUUUGUUUUUUUAGUAUUUUAAUCAAGUUGCUUAUUGUCAAAACUCUUGCCAUCUUGUCGAUGACUUGCUCACAGAUGAGUAAAGUGGUUGAUUAA